AUGGCGUGGCAGGACAUCCCUGGGGGCUCCGCAUCUGUUACCACGGCAACGGCGUUGGUGCUGGCAACGGUCCCCGGGCGCUGGGCCCAGCACCCUGCCAUCCACCGGCCCCCCGCCACCGGGCCUGGUCCCCCGCCCCCGGCCGCAGGAGCCAUGUCCCACCCUGCUCCCCACGGCCCUGGGGGCGGCGGCCAGCCCCCGUCCGGCCAGCGUGGCGGGGAGGCGAGGGCCUCCCGGGGCCGCGGCCCGGCCACCCUCACCACCAACGUCAUCCUCCUGCUCCCGCGGGGCCUGGUGGUGGUCCACGACGAGAGGAGCUGGGUGCCCCCGGCCCGCUCCUUGAACCGGCCCCAGGAGAACCUACAGCUGGGCCGCUGCGAAGAGGCUCCUGCCCUCACGCCGGUGCAACAAGCCCUGCUGGAGCUGACCGCCUCGCUGGAGACGCUGCAGGGGGUGAAGGGCCGCAUGCUGGAGGCCAUGGCCAAGGGGCUGAGCCGGCAGACACACGCGCAGGCCACCGUGCGGAUGCUGCCCACCUACAUCUGCUCCACGCCUGACGGCACCGAAAAGGGCGACUUCCUGGUGGUGGAGCUGCGCCGGAGCCACGUGCGGACCCUGUGGGUGACCCUGCCGGGUGAUGGGAACCAGAGCCCCCAGCUGAAGGACCAGCUCUUCAACAUGCCGGAGGACAUCACGCAGGGCAAGGGGGAAGCGCUCUUCGACUUCAUGGCGCAGUGCCUGUGCCAGUUCCUGGACAGCGUCUGCCCCGGCGCCCCCCAGCAACGCCUCCCCUUGGGCUUCGUCUUCCCUUUCAGCUGCAGGCAGACGCGGCUGGACCAGGGCGAGCUCAUCGCCUGGUCCAAGGGCUUCUGCUGCAGCGAGGUGGAGGGGCAGGACGUCGUGCAGCUGCUGCAGGCAGCCAUCAACAAGCAGGAGCACUACCCCGUGGACGUUGUCGCCCUGAUGAACAACACGGUGGGCACCAUGAUGAGCUGCAGCAUGGAUGGGAUGUCCUGUGAAGUUGGCCUGGUCAUUGACGUGGGCACCAACAGUUGCUUCAUGGCCGAAGGGCGGCACGUGGAGAUGGCAGAGGAGACCAGCGGACGGAUGUGUGUCAACACCGAGUGGGGCUCCUUCGGGGAUGACGGUGCCCUGAGCGACGUGCUGACCCCCUACGACCAGUGUGUGGACCAGGAGUCCACCAGGCCUGGGGAGAAGAGAUUUGAGAAGCUCAUCGGCAGUAUGUACUUGGGGGAGAUUGUCCGGCACGUGCUGGCCAAGCUGGCUGCAGAGGGAGCGCUUUUCAGCGGAGGUGGUGCCACCAUCCUGGGGACCAAGGAUGCCUUCAAGACCCAGCAGGUUCUGGAGAUCAUCGACGACGAGGCAGGCCUGGCCACAGCACGGGCCACCCUGCAGGCGCUGGGGCUGGCACCAAGCGAGCAGGACUGCUGCCACGUGCAGCAGGUCUGCCGGGCGGUGGUGACCCGUGCCGCGGGGCUCUGUGCCGCGGGGCUGGCUGCCAUCCUCAGCUACAUGUGCCAGAGCCGGGAGCUGGAACGGCUGAAAGCCAACGUGGGGGUGGACGGCGCCGUGUAUCGGGGGCAUGCCAGGUUUGGGGAGAUUCUGCAGCGUGUCACCAAGCUGCUGGCUCCGGAGUGCCUGGCCACGCUGGUGCCCUCAGCGGACGGGGCUGGGCGGGGGGCCGCCGUGGUGACGGCGGUGGCACUCCGCCUGGCAGCCCAGCGCCGCGAGGUGGACCAGCUGCUGGCCCCGCUGCGGCUUGGCCCCGCCGACCUGCAGCGCGUCCAGGCACUGAUGCGGCGUGAGAUGGAGCUGGGCCUGGACCGUGAGACCAACGCUCAGUCUUCUGUCCGAAUGCUGCCCACCUACGUCCGCGGUACACCGGAUGGCACCGAGAGAGGUGAUUUCCUGGCGCUGGACCUGGGGGGCACCAACUUCCGUGUGCUGGUGGUGCACGUGACGCAGGAUGGCGUCAGCAUGGCCAGCGAGAUCUACGCCAUCCCGCUGCCCGUGAUGCAGGGCACCGGCGAGGCGCUCUUCGACCACAUCAUUGACUGCAUCAUGGACUUCCAGAAGAAGCAGGGCCUGACGGGGCAGGUCCUGCCGCUCGGCUUCACCUUCUCCUUCCCCUGCCAGCAGCUGGGCCUGGACAAGGCAGUGCUGCUGAGCUGGACCAAAGGCUUCAGCGCCUCGGGCUGCGUGGGGAAGGACGUGGUGCAGAUGCUGCGGGAGGCUGCCCAGCGCAAACAGCACUGUGGGCUGGAUGUGGUGGCUGUCGUGAACGACACCGUGGGCACUAUGAUGUCUUGCGGCUAUGACGACCCCAGCUGCGAGAUCGGCCUCAUCGUGGGCACAGGGACCAACGCCUGCUACAUGGAGGAGAUGCAGAACGUAGGCACUGCUGAGGGGGAGCAGGGCCGCAUGUGCAUCAACAUGGAAUGGGGGGCCUUCGGGGACAACGGCUGCCUGGACGACAUCUUCACCGACUUCGACCGGCUGGUGGACGAGAAAACCAUCAACCCGGGCAAGCAGAGGUUUGAGAAGCUCAUCAGCGGCAUGUACCUGGGUGAGAUCGUGCGCUACAUCUUGCUGGCGCUGGUGGAGAAACACAUCCUGUUCCGGGGCAAGCCCUCGCCCAAGCUCCAGACCAGGGACAUCUUCCAGACCAAGUUCCUUUCCACCAUCGAGAUCGAUGGGCUGGCCCUGCGGCAGGUGUGUGGGGUCCUGCGGGACCUGGAGCUCGACGCCAGCUUCGAGGACAGCGUGCUGGUGCGGGAGGUGUGCCAGGCCGUGUCCCUGCGGGCAGCCCAGCUCUGCGCCGCCGGCCUGGCUGCCGUGGUGGAGAAGAUGCGGGAGAGCCGGGGCCUGGCCCAGUUGGCGGUGACGGUGGGGGUGGACGGCACCCUCUACAAGAUGCACCCGUGCUUCUCCCAGCACCUCCAGCGGACGCUGCGAGACCUGGCACCCAACUGCACCGUCACCUUCCUGCAGUCGGAGGACGGCUCGGGCAAAGGGGCGGCGCUGGUGGCCGCCGUGCACUGCCGGGCGGCCCGCGCGCAGGGACCGCCGUAGCCGCCACCU